CUAGAGAAAGAAUGGCGCAUCGUGGAGCUCUCUGGCUUUCAUUUGUAUUAGUAGUAAACGUAGCCCAAAGUGAAUUGAACUUCCUUCCUUCCAACUUUGAGGGCUGCACAUUCCGAAAUGACACAGAGCAAGGCGCUGUGGUCAUGAAAUCGAAUUUACCUCUUCCGGCUCAAGCUCAACUCGCCUCGGCGCUUACAUCAAUUUAUCAGGCAACUUCGGAACCGAUGCUGCGCCUCUCUCGGUUUCAAAUGGAAACGACACGUCUGUUCCCAAUGCACUGGAACGUCGUCUUGAAUUUUGCAAAUAUCACCUUCUUCGACAAGUAUUUCAUUUAUUUACGGCACGGGAACGAUCGCAUACUUGCGUUUGGCUUAAACUAAGUUCAGUUUUUUUCAUCCUUACUAUAUAUGUAAUUACAGCCAAUCAAUUCCACAAUAUGUUACGAAAUUGUGGUAUUUAAUUACAGGAGAAUUUUAAUUAUUAA